CGUCAUACCGCGGCGAGUUUAGUGUCUGCUUAUCGAUAGGGUAGCUACAACUGACUCGCGUAAACAACAUCUGCCCUGUGAGAUCAUCGGCCAAUCACGACACAUUCACCUGCUGAAAUUCUCAGGAUGAACGGCCAGCACAUACCUGGCUUUUAUUUUGACAAAGAGAAGGGGAAAUACUUCAAGAUACAAAGCCAGUCCCAAGCAAGAGGCUUGAACCUUAAGUAUUCGACGUCGAACUUGGUCAAGGAGAGGAGAAAAGAGAACAUCCAGAAAGCCGUAACAGCAAAGUCGAAGAGAAUACAAAGAGAGCGAGUCGUUCGCCGACAUGCGCGGAGCUUCAUCCAGACCGAUCUCGACAGGGAGAUAGGCUUCAAGAGGCAGUCAGUCUACAUGCGAGAUAUUUGGCCUGAGGCAUGCAUGUCUGGCGUGUCUUCUUCGCCUGAACCUGUAACCAGCAGCGACGACCAAGGCGUUAUCCGGUUCUUCGAUAGAGAUCCCGUCUCAAGGACCAUCUAUGCGGUCUGUGGAGAGAACGGCAUUAUGAGACGUCACUAUCUCGGCAACGACCAAGCGGUCAACUUGCGAAAUUACGAAUCACGGAAGAAGCUAAAGGCGCUUGAUACCAGUUCAAGAUAUGGCUACUACCCUUGGGAUGAGAUAGGCCGCACAACUUCAACCGUCUCUUCGCUCCAAUAUAUGCCCAACUCUGGUGCUCUUGCUGUAACGACAAUAGGCUCUGACCGACCGCCUAUCGUCCAUCUCAGCGACCCAGAGCGUGACGGACCGCACAUCUAUCAGAAGUUCACGCCCAAAGCCUGUGCUGCAAUCUUUUGCUCUGCUGCACGACCAUAUUCAUAUUCUCCUCCUUCAAGUCAUCCUAACAGUGUUGCCGCAAACGACACAGAAUGCCUCGCGGUCGGCGCUCAACAAUCACUCCUCUUCUUCACGCGCUCGCCAUCUGGGACCUGGGACUCACUCACCAUCCUCAAAGACCUGCACUCCGAUAUUCUCGCACUCUCCUGGCUGUCCCACACCACCCUUGCUCUCGGGUGCCGCAACGGCAAAAUCCACCUCCACGACACACGCUCAGGCGGCGUCUCGCAUGCCCUCACCCACCCCUACGCGAUUAGCAGACUUGCGCGUGCCGAUGACCCGACUCGACUGAUCUGUUCAGGACUGCAAGAUACGCUCUACCUAUACGAUCUGCGUAUGCCACGACUCUCCAAUGUACGCUUACAAGACGGCAAACCUAAUACCAAGAAUCACCACUACAACGACGCGUACUUCAAGAGCUUAUACCCUGGCGACCGCGACUAUAAGCGACGCAAGCAGAUGAAUCGCCGGGCAUUCGGGAAGUGGAGUCAGCCUCUGCUGAGUUUUCCGCAUACCAAUCUGGAUGAUUUGGACCUGGAUGUCGCCGUUAAUGAGCGCCUGGGGCUUAUUGCUGCGUGUCAGGAUGUGGAGCAUUGCGAUAAGGCGAUCAGGGUGAGCAAUAUGUGGACGGGGAAGACGGUAAAGGAGUUUGAAGCGCCAAGGAUGGAGGGGCAAAAGCCGCAGAAGAUACGUAAUUUGAAGUGGAUGGAUGACGGAGACGAAGGCAUAAGUCUGUGGUCGACCUGGGGCAGGGGCAUUGCUUCAUUUGCGUGGUAGAAACGACGUUCGGUAGUCCUAGAGCUCCGCGU